AUGGAUCCUCCAUCACCCUCUUCAUCCGAUGAUUCAAUCGAUCUCGACGACGCUAUUCUUAGUACCGUUGCUUUGAUAGUUACUACUAUGAUUCAAGCCGCGGAAGACGAGGAGGACGAGGAAGACCAACUUUCGCCUAGAAGAAGAACGGUUCUGGAACGUCGACGUGAGGAGGCAUACGCGCGAUUGGUCCGCCUUUACUUUGCUGAGCGACCCGUAUUUGGCGCGAGGGAUUUUAGACGGCGCUAUCGUAUGAGCAAGCGGCUAUUUUUGAGAAUUACAAAUGACUUGGAAGAAAGGUAUCCAUAUUUUCAACAAAGAAUGGAUGCUCGUGGGAAGCUGGGUAUAAAUGAAAUGUAUGGACCGACAUACCUACGGAGACCUACAUCUAUGGAUCUUGAACGAAUAUACGAUGUGCAUGAGCAGCUUCAUGGUUUCCCUGGUAUGAUCGGUAGUAUUGAUUGCAUGCACUGGCCAUGGGAGAUGUGUCCAACCGCAUGGCGCGGUUUGCACACCAGAGGGGAUGUUGGUAGACCAUCAUUGAUGCUUCAGGAGGGGUCCAACAAUGACAUCAACGUGUUUGAGGCGUCCCCAGUCUUGGAAGAAAUUAUAUCUGGCUUGGCACCUACAGUUGGUUUUUAUGCAAACAACAACUACUACAAAGCCGGAUACUACUUGACAGAUGGCAUCUACCCUGAAUAUUCCAAUUUUGUGAAGACUUUUACUGACCCGAUUGAUGAAAAGAGAAAAUACUUUAAAAAAAACAAGAAUCGGCGCGAAAGGAUAUCGAGAGAGCAUUCGGGGUUCUUAAAAAGCGUUGGAAAGUUAUUAGUUUUCCCUCACGGUUUUGGGACAAGCAGAGGAUGCAUGACGUGA